AUGAUCGCUCGCGAUCGCCAACGCGGGGGUUCUCCCACCGUUGCAGAGCGAAGAUCAGCUCCCGCUGCAUUCUCAGACAGCACCAAUGACGGUAGUGGCUCAUUUCAGAGUCUACGGCAAGAUCUUGAGCGCAUACAUUAUGAGAGUCUGCCCGGAGCGCGAAUCAUGAUUGCUCGGCCGCCCAGCAUCCGGCACGGGGCGGCAGAGCACGUCCCACUGCUCCAACCAGCCGAGUUUGUCAGUCAGACGCGCGAUGGUCGCAGCAUCAUGGGUGUGCUGCAGCGCAUCGAGGAUGUCUGCUUCAGGCUUUUUGUGCCUUUUAUUGCCAUUCCGUCGCGGCCGCCCUGGGCGCGUUUCGUCAAGGAUGAGCUACGAUGCAUCAUUUCAUACAAUCCAGCCAGCGAUGCAUGUGAGUUCUUUUGCAGCUCUCACGACGUGGCUCUAAUUGGGGAGAGCUCUCUACAUAGCCAUCUCGUUAGGCGGCGCGAUAUCCAAAGCAUUGAGCCUGGCAUGUGGACGGUCGCUGUGCCUUCGAGCUCCGCGCCGGGAGAGACUUUCUUCGGCCGUCCGCGGCGGGUUGUAGAAUUCUUGCUGCUGAAGCGCAAGUGCUCGGUGACCUUGACGCGUCCAGCAGCAGCAGGAAUGGAUGGCAGUCUCACGCCCUUGCCAGAAACCGAUUCUGCAAUCAACAUGCAGUCUGCCAAAGCUCCUGUCCACCAAAUCGUUGCCGACUUCAUCAUGGGGGCUGUUGAGCCAAGCGAGCCUGCAGACAAACAGUUGCCGAGGAUACCGGAGGGCGAGAUGCUCACACUUGAUCCGGACCCCUUUUAUAGGCUUCAAGAUGGAGAGACAGUACGCGUGACAACGAUCCCGGCAGGCAGCAACGAUGCAGGGAUUGAGCAGCGGUACGCCGAAACUGCAGAGUCGUAUCAGGUAACACGUCUGCAAAAGAUUGACAGAAGCAGGCAUUCGAGCGUUUUUGCAUGCAUCCACAGCAAGCUCCCUCAUUCUACCCUCGUCGCCAAAGCUCUCAAUGUCACGUCAAGAACUCGUCGCUCGGUUACGUCCCUGGCAAAUCACUGGAGCAACGAGAUGGAAAUACUGAAGACCUUGGAUCACAGAAACAUUGUAAAACUUCUCAGCUGGGACGCACGAUUCUACACCGUGUACUUGGAGCACCUCCCCGACUCGCUCGCAACCUACCACAAGGAACCAGGCUUCACCAGAGAAGACGCCGAGACCAUUUUGAAGGACGUUGGUUCCGCGCUCGCCUACCUCGAGGAGAAGAAGAUUAGCCACAACGACAUCAAGCCGCGCAACAUUGCCUACUCGCCGGAGCGCGGCGCCGUGGUGCUCGACUUUGGGCUCGCGAGCGCGGGACGGUGGGUGCCGCGGGCCACGGGCGGCACGGCGUGGUACGUGCCCCCGGAGACGCUCCGCGUCGGCGAGCGGACGAACCGGGGCAACGUGUGGGCGUUUGGCGUGACGAUGCUGUACGUGCUGUGCAAGAUCGACAUGCCCGAGGACUACUGCAGCCCGUGGGACUUUCUCAACAUGCAGGACCCCAACAGCGACGACCGCAUCGCCAUGGAGAGCUGGGCCGACCAGGUUGGCGAAGUCGUCGACGACCUGAAAUUGGAGGACCCGGUCGAGUGCGUGGUUGCGUGGAUGAUGGAUCAAGAGCCGCACGAGCGCCUGGAGGCGGUGGAAAUCAUACCGGCGCUACUAAAGAAGCAGCAGGAACGGGAGGAGGAGCGAGAGAAGAAGGAGCGGGAGGAGAAGGAGCGAGAGGAGAACUAG